AUUUUAUAAAUCGGUUAGCAGAGUUUAGUUGCCAGUUUAAACAACAGCUAGCCGCAGCGCGCUUCAGUCGUAUUCGCAGUCGCGUUCCCCAAUCUGCACAUGUUAAUAGUGGCCAGCCGGACACUCUGACGGACCGAAAAAAAAGAAAAACACACUCAAAACAUCAACAUCGCAAGCGAAUCCGUGAGAAACGACAGCUGCUGCUGCGUGUUGUGCUCUUCUCUUCUGCUGUGUGCCAGGAUACAAAGACUUCAAAUAAAAUACACACACACACAAACUACAAGCGGGACAAGAAGAAGUGCCAAAGUGUUAAACAAAUUGCCAAAUAAUAAAAAAAAAAAACAAAAUUGAAAUCAGAAAACAGAAAAAUAAACAGCGCCUAUGCAUUUAAACAGCAUGUGCAUAAAUGAAGAGCUACAGCCAAUUUAAUUUAAACGCCGUUGCCGCCGCACCGCCCGCCAUUGUCUACGAGAACGCAGUCGCAGCAGCAGCAGCAAGCAAUAACAAUAUCAACUCCUUAGAGCUCAGCAGUCAGCUGCACGGACACAGUCACAGUCAGGAUAUGCCGCACUUUGGACUGGGCAGUGCGCCGCCGCCACAGCAACAACAACAGCAACAGCUACAAGUGCACCAUCAACAACAACAACAACAGCAGCAGCAACAACAACAACAACAAAUGCAGCUAUCCAUGCUGCCGGUUGCUGUCCCAGGUCCAGGUCCAUACCGGUCUCACAUCGAGGAGAAGAAGCUGACGCGCGAUGCCAUGGAGAAAUACAUGCGAGAACGCAACGAUAUGGUCAUCGUUAUACUGCACGCCAAGGUUGCCCAGAAAUCAUAUGGCAAUGAGAAGCGUUUCUUUUGCCCACCGCCCUGCAUCUAUCUAUUUGGCAGCGGCUGGCGGCGACGGUACGAGGAGAUGCUGCAGCAGGGCGAGGGCGAGCAGGGGGCACAAUUGUGCGCAUUCAUUGGCAUUGGCAGCAGCGAUCAGGAUAUGCAGCAGCUGGAUCUCAAUGGGAAGCAGUAUUGUGCCGCAAAGACGCUCUUCAUAUCCGAUUCGGAUAAGCGCAAGCAUUUCAUGCUAUCGGUGAAAAUGUUCUAUGGCAAUGGCCACGACAUUGGCGUUUUCAACUCCAAGCGCAUUAAAGUCAUCUCGAAGCCGUCCAAAAAGAAGCAAUCGCUGAAGAACGCUGAUCUGUGCAUAGCCAGCGGCACAAAUGUCGCCCUCUUCAAUCGCCUGCGCUCCCAAACCGUAUCCACCCGUUAUCUGCAUGUGGAGAAUGGACAUUUUCAUGCUUCAUCGACACAAUGGGGCGCCUUCACGAUACAUCUGCUCGACGACAACGAAUCGGAGUCGGAGGAGUUUCAAGUGCGCGAUGGUUAUAUACACUAUGGCGCCACCGUUAAGCUGGUGUGCUCCGUAACGGGCAUGGCACUCCCGCGCCUAAUCAUACGAAAGGUGGACAAGCAGAUGGCACUGCUGGAGGCCGAUGAUCCGGUCUCGCAGCUGCACAAGUGUGCCUUUUACAUGAAGGACACGGAUCGCAUGUACUUGUGCCUGUCACAAGAGAAGAUCAUACAGUUUCAGGCCACACCCUGUCCCAAGGAGCCCAACAAGGAAAUGAUCAACGAUGGUGCCUGCUGGACAAUCAUAUCGACGGACAAAGCCGAAUAUCAGUUCUACGAGGGCAUGGGACCCGUUGCCUCACCGGUUACACCAGUGCCGAUUGUGAACUCACUGAAUCUGAAUGGAGGCGGUGAUGUGGCCAUGCUGGAGCUGAGUGGCGAUAAUUUUACGCCACAUUUACAGGUAUGGUUUGGCGAUGUCGAAGCGGAGACCAUGUAUCGAUGCACGGAAACGCUGCUCUGUGUGGUGCCCGAAAUCUCACAGUUUCGCGGCGAAUGGCUCUGGGUGCGUCAGCCAACGCAGGUGCCAAUAUCGCUGGUGCGUAAUGAUGGCAUCAUUUAUGCUACUGGCCUCACAUUCACCUAUACGCCUGAGCCGGGGCCGCGGUCGCAUUGUAAUCAGGCUGAGGAUGUAAUGCGUACGCGUCACAACAACAACAACAUCACAAGCAUCAGCAACAACAAUAAUAGUAAUAAUAACAAUAAUAGCAACAACAACAACAACAGCAACUCGCCAGCAAGCGGUUCCAGUUUACAGCAGAGCUUGCAACAGCAGCAGUCGCAUCAAACACUGCCCUCCAUCUCGGAAGUGCAAUGGAAUAGUCAUGGGAGCGGCUUGUCUUGAGUGCGGCAUUAUGGCUUUUAUUUGCAAUUCCACAUACAUUUAUUUAUGCCAAGUAAUUUAAAGCUCUUCUAGCACAUAUUUAGUUUGAACAUACUACAUCCUUAGUUUGUAAGAUGUGCAUUAUUCUAAACAUACACCCAAAUCUCACCCAACACGCAUUUUUUGUAGAAGCCAACUCGCUAAAUGCGAGGCGAACAAAACGAAUCCCAAUUCCAAGUUGACCAAUAUUUCUUUUCUUAGUGCUAGCCAGUACCAAUAGAUGUAUAAAUCCAAGACAUAAUUGUACAUAACUCGAAAGAGCUCACUGACAUUAAAAAAAUUUAACUAUAACUCUAGUUAUCUAGUUGAAUAUGUAUAUAGUAUAUGGAACAUUUAAUGUGUGUGCUGUGGCCUAUGUGUACCCCUGCCUUAAGUGAAUCACAUAUAUAUAUAAAUAAAUAUAAAUUUAUAUGUAUAUUUUGCAAAAGUUGGCCAAAUAUCUUGUAAAACAUUCCACUUCAUAAAGCUACAAUUCAUGGCAAACUAUCUGGUAAAUUGACAGAUUUAAAAAAUGUUCAAGCUGAAUUCACUUGAGGUGAGUGAGGACAGAAGUGCAGCCCUAGACUAUAUAUAUAUAUAUAUAUAUAU